UCAGAACCUUGGGAUUUGUUCUUUGUACUACCCUGCAGUAGAAAGCCAGUUACCUCUUCACGGCAGAGCUUCCACUUCUAGUAAGAUCCUUUCCUGGGCCACAAGACACUUCCUGUUCUGAGCCCAUUUCAUAACUAUCAGAGUUUUUAAGACCCGAUCUGGAAAUGCAAACUCAGGGGCCUACCGUCAUCGUGACUCAACCUGGAUUUACUCGUGCGCCCCAGAACUCCAAUUGGCAGACGGGCUUGUGUGAUUGCUUCAGUGACUGCGGAGUCUGUCUCUGUGGCACGUUUUGUUUCAUGUGCCUCGGGUGUCAAGUUGCAGCUGACAUGAAUGAAUGCUGUCUGUGUGGAACAACUGUCGCAAUGAGGACUCUCUACCGAACCCGAUAUGGCAUCCCUGGAUCUAUUUGUGACGACUACAUGGCCACUCUCUGCUGUCCUGUGUGUUCCCUUUGCCAAAUCAAGAGAGACAUCAACAGAAGAAGAGCCAUGAAUGCUUUCUAAAGGAGCUGAUGGUGAAGAGCUCUUACUGAAGCAACUAAAAUCAGCAGACAGCUCUUCAACUUGAGUCCUCCAUCUUUUGCAAGUGAAAUAUGAUGGAUACGUUUAAUUAUGAUGAUGCCACACACAAAAAAAAUCAAACUUUUGAUGUAUUUUACAUAAAUGUUUUCCUUUAGCAUAGUUUCUCCUUGCUCUCACACUAUCAAAUUUUCUGGCUUAUAAAAUUUUUACAUUACAUUUGAAAUAUAAAAAAAAUAAAAGAUUUUGUUAAUAAGA